CUCCUGCAUUCAAAAUCAGAAAAUGGGUCCCCAAAGCAACCUUCUAUCUCUUUUGGUUGCUCUGGCCGCAGUUUUUUCAUCUUUGUAUCUCAUAAAUCCAAUUCCACAGUAUCUCAUAAAGGCCUUGUCACCUUCAUCUGCAUACUUGGGAAAACCUUUAUCAGGGAACUUCCAAAAACAUCACAAGAAACACCCUGAUAGUGGGAACACCGAUUCUAUUUGUGAUGAUUUUCCACCAGGAAUUCCACCUCCAAAUACCAAUAACACUUCGUAUCUCUGUGUUGAUCGAAAAGGGUGCUGUAAUUUCACUACAGUACAAGCAGCCGUGAAUGCAGUUCCAGAUUUUAGUGUCAAAAGAACCAUAAUAUGGAUAAACAGUGGCAUGUACUAUGAGAAGGUUAUGGUGCCAAAAACAAAACCCAACAUUACAUUUCAAGGACAAGGCUACACUUCAACUGCAAUUGCAUGGAAUGACACUGCAUUAUCCGCGAACGGAACGUUUUACAGUGGCUCUGUACAAGUUUUCGCCUCCAAUUUCAUUGCUAAGAACAUAAGCUUCAUGAAUUUAGCACCAAUGCCAAGUCCUGGAGCUGUAGGGGCACAAGCAGUAGCCAUUAGAGUAUCUGGAGAUCAAUCUGAAUUUAAGGGCUGUGGAUUCUUUGGAGCACAGGACACCCUUCAUGAUGAUAAGGGUCGCCAUUACUUCAAAGAUUGCUAUAUUCAAGGCUCCAUUGACUUCAUAUUCGGCAAUGCAAGGUCCCUUUACGUGAACUGCGAAAUAGUUUCUAUAGCGAACCCUGUACCGGUGGGACAAAGGAGCAUAAAUGGCGCUGUUACAGCUCAUGGUAGAGUUUCAGGUGAUGAAAACACAGGGUUUGCAUUUGUGAACAGUACAGUUGGAGGAAACGGUAGAAUAUGGUUGGGUCGAGCAUGGAGACCUUAUUCUCGUGUUGUCUUUGCCUUCACAUCAAUGUCUGAUAUCAUUGCUCCUGAAGGUUGGAAUGAUUUCAACGACCCUUCUAGAGACCAGACUAUCUUCUAUGGAGAAUAUAACUGCUCAGGGUCAGGUGCUAACACGAACUCGAGGGCACCUUACGUACAGAAAUUAAAUGAAACGCAAGCUUCUGCUUUCCUCAACAUUACUUUUAUAGAUGGCGAGCAAUGGUUGGAAACUUCUAAAUAAUCCAUCUUGUUAUUUCUUUUUCCAUUCAUGUAUACAAAUGUAAAAUUAGUACACACGUUUAAACUAAGGGAAAAAUAGAUUAUAGACAUAAUUAAUUGAAUUGUGUAUGCUUUAAAGUGACAAACAUUAUUAUUUACUAAAGAUGCUUAUCCAAUGUUUCUUCAUCAUCAUUGUACAACAGUUACUUUAUCAAGAGUUAACCAACUCUACCGUUUCAACCGAAAUAUAGUUAAUCACAUGUAAACCUGAAAUUCAAUAUGUAAAAUUUUGCUGUGGAUUGAGCUCAUUACAUACUUGGACUAUAUAUGUU